AUGGAGUUUGGAUUCCUCAUCUAUCCUAUCCGCGCCUUACAAGCCCUCUUCUCCAUCAUCGUACUCAGCGUUCUCUCCUACGCAUCUCACUCCUGGACCUCUCAGCUCAACUGGACGCCCUCACGAAUCAGUUUCCUAAUCUUCGCAUCCGCAUGGACGCUACUCGCGCUUCUAUACCUGGUACUCGUGCCGCGCUUUUCCAAGGCUGAGAUACAUCGGCAUGGACUCUUGGUUAUUGAGAGCUUGACGACUAUCUUUUGGUUCGCGGGCUUUAUUGCGCUGGCGGUGUUUUUGGGCGAUGGGAGGAGCUGUGAUGGGAGUUGGGGCCCGUGUAGGGCUGCCGAGGCGGGUGAUGUGUUUGCGGCUUUUGAGUGGUAUGUUGUUGGUGGUCUUGUUUCUUUUGUUCCCACCCCGCCUCCCUCUUCCCUUUCUCUCUGUGUUAUAUCCGUGUUUCUAUAGCAUUUCGUUUAUG